AUGGACACAAUUGUGUUUUUGGCGAUGGACGACGGGAUUAACAUGAACCUAGUUGAACAUGUUUUAAAUGAGCUUGUCGAAUCAGAACCAAAUCAGUUAAGAAUACGAAGACGGAAGAAGAGGCCCCGUAAUGAAAAUUAUUUCGAAUUGAUCAUUCCACGCUAUACAGACAUUCAAUUUUCGGAACAUUUUCGAAUUUCACGAGAAACUUUUGAACUAAUUAGUUAUAGGUUUCCAGUUAUAAUUGCCUAUAUGUUGAUUACUGCAAUAGCACCCCUUACGGACCCACUUCUGAAUAUGAACGUUAGCAUUGAAAAGAAAAUGAUGUUCACAAUUUGGACACUUGCUAAACCUGGAAGCUUUUUAGCUGUAGGAGAUAGGUUUGGAUUGUCCAAAAGUACUGGGCACCAAAUUUUUAAAAAUAUGAUAACGAUUUUGGCUAAUCUAUUACCAAAAUACGUCAAAUGGCCGAAUGAUACAAGUCGUGCUUUAUCAGAAAAAAGUUUUCAGGACAAGCCCGCUAUAUGCCGUAUAACUAAUAUGGUUAAUCCUUUAUUGCCAAAGAAUUUACACAUAGUAGGAGACUCUGCAUACCCUCUGCUACUAAAUUUAAUGACUCCAUUCAAAGAUAACGGAAGUUUGACGUGUUCUGAAGUGACCUAUAACGUGAAAUUGAGCUCUAUCCGUUCAAUCAUAGAAAGAGCUUUUGCGUUGUUGACUAGAAAAUGGAGACGUCUCAAAUACUUAGAUAUUUCCGAUUUUCAAUUAGGAAACAACAUGAUCGCAGCAGCUUGUGUACUGCACAAUUUUAUAUUAUCGAAUGAUGAAAUAAACAUCGAUGAUGUAGAUAUCAUAGAAGAGUCAGAUGGUCCUACAGAAUGUGCAGAUCUAGCUGUCACAACAGAUACAUAUGUAGAAGCUGUUGCAAAGCGACGUCAUAUGGUUCAACUUGUUUCUAAGUGAAAAAAAGAUAGAUAUAGGGAAAACAAACACACGUAUAAACUGUAAGAUAACUCUGUUUAUUAUAAAAAAGAUACGUAUGCCAUAAUUAUUGAAUAGA